GGCGGAGGCUGCGCCGUGGGGUUGGCGUGGCUUUCCGGCUCUGUUCGCGACGCUUGGGAGGAUUGUGGGGGCGCUGUGCUGCCGCCUCUGGUCUCUGUUCCGUGUUCCUUCCGUGCACUCAGGGGUCCGUCCCUUGCCACCUUUGUGCCCCCACGCUUGUCAGUCCCCGACUUCCGCUCUGGGAGCCCUGGCUGGGUGCCGAGAGGGGGGGCUGUGUCGGGUGCGACCGCCCCUACCCUUCCCACAAGGCAGCGUCCUGUGAAAAAGAAAGGUACUGAUUAGGAUGAAUGUGAUUUGGAGAAAUUAUAUUUCCUGUCCAAGGAUAAGAAAAGUACCUCACAGAUACCAAAGUGGUUGUCACCCAGUGGCCCCUCUGGGAUCAAGGAUUUUAACUGAUCGAACAAAAGUUUUUGAACAUAACAUGUGGGAUCACAUGCAAUGGUCAAAAGAAGAAGAAGAAGAAGCCAGAAAAAAAGUAGAGGAAAACUCAGCUGUGCGAGUCCAUUUGGAAGAGCAAGUUAAGUAUGAGUGUGAAGCCAGUAAAUAUUGGGACACGUUUUACAAGAUUCAUAAGAAUAAGUUUUUCAAAGAUCGUAAUUGGCUAUUGAGGGAAUUCCCUGAAAUUCUUCCAGUUGGUCAGAAAACUGAAGAGAAGGUGAAAGAAUUAUCAUGGAAUCAUGUAAAAAUUAAUGCUGAAAGUUUUUUCUCAAAAAUGCACUGCCCUACUAUGCCUGAAGAAAAAAAUCAUUAUAAAGAAAGUUCUGGCUCAUCAGAUGGUCAAAGCAAAGCAGGAUCUGACUUUUCUAAACUGGACUCUGAAGAAUACAGAGAAAGACCUCUGAAGACUGAAUUAUUUCCUGGUAGCAAUGCUACUUUCAGAAUCCUUGAGGUUGGCUGUGGUGCUGGGAAUAGUGUUUUUCCAAUUCUGAACACUUUGCAGAAUGUGCCAGAGUUCUUUCUUUAUUGUUGUGAUUUUGCUUCUGGAGCUGUGGAGCUAGUAAAGUCUCAUGCAUCGUAUAGAGCAGCCCAGUGCUGUGCCUUUGUUCAUGACGUUUGUGACCACAGCUUACCCUACCCUUUUCCGGAUGGGACCCUGGAUGUCAUUCUCCUCGUCUUUGUGCUGUCUUCUAUUCAUCCUGACAGGAUGCAAAGUGUUAUAAACCGACUGUCCAAGUUACUGAAACCUGGGGGAAUGCUGUUAUUUCGGGACUAUGGAAGAUAUGAUAAGACUCAGCUUCGUUUUAAAAGGGGACAUUGUUUAUCUGAAAAUUUUUAUGUUCGAGGAGAUGGCACCAGAGCAUAUUUCUUUACAAAAGGGGAAGUGCACAAUAUGUUCUGUAAGGCUGGGUUAGAUGAGAAGCAAAACCUGGUUGAUCGUCGCUUACAAGUUAAUAGGAAAAAAAAAGUGAAAAUGCACCGAGUGUGGGUUCAAGGCAAAUUCCAGAAGCCAUUACACUUGACUCAAAAAAGCUCCAACUUGGUAUUUUCAGUCCUUUCUCAUGGCUGAACUAUGUAUCAUGUUAAGGUACAAACCAGAGGAUUACACUAUUCAGAGUCUUCAGUAAAUCUUUCAUUUUUGAAAAGACAGUCAGAAGAAGAGAAUUUAUGUAUCCUGCUGUUUAUCAUGGAUGGACUGUUUUGUGCAUUUUAAGCACACAGAAGUGACUUGGAAGAGAGCACAACAUUCUGUGUUUUCAAAACUUAAUAUGCUCAAGCUUGUUUGGAUUUAUUAUGUCUUAAUCAUUUUGUUUGUUCUCUGAGUUUUAAAAGCAUUUAGGUAAAUUACUGAUAUAAGUCAGAUGAUUCUGAGAAACCAAAGCCUGCCAUUUUUUAGAAGUGAAAAAAAACAUCUCCUUUAUACAUUAGUUGAACACCGCUGAAGUCUCCUCCAUUGUUAACUGAUAGCAGAAUCAGCUUGCCUUGUUUCCAAAGAAAGUCACAAGACCAAGGCAAAGGCCUAUUUUUUUGUUUUGUUAUUGUCUGUUGUCCAUCCCCAAACCUUUUUUUUUUUUUAAUUUAGAGACUAAUGUCUGAAACAGAAUUUUAAUUUAUCUUUCCUUUCCUAAAAUAGGGGAAGUAUGACUAAUGCUAACAUUAUUUUCAGGCUAUUCUUUGGUGUACAAGUUGGAAGCCUUCUUUAAGAAGACUAUUUACCCAGGAAAAUUCUUAAAUUGUAGCAAUUAAAAUUUUUUUACUAUUUUCUGGUGGUCCAGUAGUUAAGAAUCUGCCUACCAAUGCAGGGGACACAAGUUCAAUCCCUGAUCCAGGAACUAAGAUCCCAUAUGACAUGGGGCAACUAGACCUGCACACCCUCGUGCUCCACAAGAAGAAGCCACUGCAGUGAGAAGCUCGGGCACCACAACUAGAGAGCAGCCCCAGCUCAGUGCAAGAGAAAGCCUUCGCACAGCAAUGAAGUGCCCAUGCACUGCGUCAAAGACCCAGUGCAUCCAAAAAAAUUAAAAUGUAUUUACCAUUUUGCCUCAAAAAAGAUAUAAAUUGGCUUGCAAAUUGCAUUUAGUAAAAAUGGAGUUUCUAAGACUGGUCUUUCAUUUGUUACACAAUGUAUACUGAGUACUUACUUUGUGCUGAAUUAUAUGGAAUAAUACAAUAAAUAAGUAAAGUCCCAGCCCUG